AUGGAUAAAAUGAAAUCACUAUUAUUAACUAGGAAAUCGAGUGGUACAAAAGGUGCAGUUGCGCAAGAGUUUCUCUUAAUUUGGUUAGACAGUAAUAUUGAUACCAGGACCAAAUAUAGCCAGAAUGUAGUUACUCAACUGGGGAACGUUAUUAAUAAUGUCAAAAUAUCUACUGAUAAUGGUCAUUGUCUACAACUUAUCCAAAGUAUGACUGAUGACAAAAUAUGUAUGGUUGUUUCAGGGACUCUCGGUCAGCAAAUUGUACCACGUGUUCAUAACAUGUCUCAGGUAUAUGCUAUUUUUGUCUUCUGUGCAAAUAAAACACGACAUGAACAAUGGGCUAAAGAUUGGUCCAAAAUCAAAGCCGUAUGUACAGAUGUCGACUCAAUCUGCCAUGUCCUCAGAAAAGUCUUACAAGAAUCAGAACAAAAUAUCUUCAUUACCACAAAUGAAAAUCUUACACAUAAAACUAUAAAUAAAUUAGAUUCAUCAUACAUGUACACACAAAUUCUCAAAGAAAUCUUAUUAACAAUUAAAUUCAGUGAAGAACAUAUGAAAGAAUUUAUUUACUGCUGUCGUGAACAAUUCAGGAAGAAUAAUCAUGAACUAGAUAAUAUAGAAAGAUUUGAACGAGAAUAUCACAAGAAGUCACCUCUGUGGUGGUAUACAUGUGAAUGUUUUUUAUAUCCUAUGGUUAAUCGUGCACUUCGACUCAUGGAUGUGGAUAUGAUCAUUAAAAUGGGCUUUUUCAUUGCUGAUCUCGAUCGUCAAAUUCAACAAUUGUAUUCUACACAACUUAAUAAAAAUCAGUUUAAUAAACAUUUUAUGGUCUAUCGUGGACAAGGCAUGUCUAAAGAAGAUUUCGAACAUUUGAAAAAAAAUGAAGGUGGUCUUAUGUCAUUUAAUAAUUUUUUAUUUACCAGUAUGAACUAUAACGAUUGUUUAAAAUUUGCUAAACGUGCCAUGAACACUCCUGAUUUAGUUGGAAUUCAGUUUGCCAUGUCAAUUAAUGCUUCUCGAUCAUCAGUACCGUUUGCUUCUGUUAAAGACGUAAGCUAUUAUAAUGAUUCCGAUGAUAUUAUUUUCCCAAUGAAUACAGUUUUUCGUAUUCAUACUAUAAAAUCCAUUGAAAAAAAUAAUCGUCUAUUUCAAGUGGAUAUGGAACUUACUUCAGACACUGACAAAGAUCUUUCCAUAGUUGGAGAUCGUAUACGAGAAGAGAUAUCUUUAGAUCAAAAUGAAUGGUGUAAACUGGGUCACUUGCUAUGUAAAAUGGGUAAAUCUGACAAGGCUCGAAAAAUAUAUGAAACUCUACUUGAACAAACAAAUGAUGAUACUGAAAAAGGAUAUAUUUACGAACAAAUCGGAUUGGUCAAAUAUAAUCAAGGAGAAUAUGACGAGGCAUUAAAGUUCUAUAAAAAAUCUCUUGAAAUUCAACAGAAAAAUCUUCCUCCGAAUCAUCCUAAUUUGGCUUUAUGUUAUAAAAGAAUCGGUUUAGUGUACAACAACAUGAGAAAGUUCCCAAAAGCACUUUUAUCUUAUAACACCGCUCUUGAAAUUCAACAGAAAAGCCUUCCUGCAAAUCAUCCCGAUUUGGCUUCUUCUUAUAGUGACAUAGGUAAAGUGUACAACGACAUGGAAGAAUACUCAAAAGCACUUUCAUAUUAUGAAAAAGCUGCUGAAAUUCAACAGAAAACUCUUCCUCCAGAUCAUCCCGACUUGGCUUCUUCAUACGGCAACAUCGGAUCGGUCUAUGAGAAUUUAAAGAAAUUUUCCAAAGCAUGCUCUUUUUAUGAACGUGCUGUAGAUAUAGGACAACAAUCACUUCCAUCCGAUCAUCCUAACCUUCAUCAAUGGAGAAAAAAUCUUGAACAUAUAAAAAAGAAACUAUAA